AUGACAGAAUCAACAUCGGACACUAGCAAUGGGCAUUCUGUGGUCCAGGAUGAACUCAAGGGUACAGCGUCGUCGGCUAAGGAAAACCUUGGGAAGAAGAAAUUAGCUCAGCAGGACACGCAGCCAGCGACGUUUGGAAGGUCCGCCAUUGUGUCGGUGGUGCUGGCAUUAUUGGUGUAUUUGUAUCAGACAGGCACACUCAAUGCUUAUUUCGGCGCCCCCUCGUCAUCUGUGGACACAUAUGCGCACUUAGACGGCGUAGCCAGCUUCAGAAACUCUUCACAAAGUGCACCUGUAAUAGCGGCUGACAUUCCCAAACGAGAUGAAGUCGUGAAGGCGUUUAAACAUGCAUGGUCAGCUUAUGAACGGGACGCGAUGGGACAAGACGAAUAUCAUCCUUUGUCGAAGAAAGGCACAAACCUGGUGGAUGACGGAGGAAUAGGCUAUAUGAUUGUCGAUGCCAUAGACACUAUGCAAAUUAUGGGUCUCCAGGACGAGUACCAGCGUGCACGGGACUGGGUUGCGAAUAACCUCACCUUUGACAGGGAUGGACACUUCAACACCUUCGAGACCACAAUUCGCGUUUUAGGUGGUCUGCUUACGGCAUACCACCUCUCAGAUGAGGAUCCCAUAUUUUUGGAAAAGGCGAAAGACCUCGCAGACAGGAUGAUGCCCGCAUUUGAGACGCCCUCCGGCCUACCGUACUCCAUGGUCAACCUCAAACUGCGUAAGGGAGUGGAUGACCCAAAUUACCCAUACCUAGUCAGCACCGCGGAGGCAUCAACAUUACAACUGGAACUCCGUUAUCUGAGCUUCUUGACAGACGAUGACACGUAUUGGGAUAAAGCUGAAGGAGUAAUGAAGGUCAUCAAGGCAACAAAACUGCCUUCCGGGCUGGCUCCCAUAUAUCUGAGUGCAGAAACUGGUCAAUUCUUGUUUUCAGAAAUCCGAUUAGGUUCAAGAGGAGACUCCUUCUAUGAAUAUCUAUUAAAGCAGUAUUUGCAGACAAAUAAAUCAGAACCCGCAUACCUUGAAAUGUACCAACAAACCAUGGAUGCCAUACAUACCACGCUUGUCAAGAGAGGUUUGAACAAGGGUCACGUCUUUACCACGGAGGUUCUGCCUGAACGUCAAGCAGAUGGACAGGUACAAUGGAGACUCUCUCCCAAGCAAGACCAUCUUGUGUGCUUCUUGGGCGGCUCUUUGAUGCUUGGCGCGACCACAACUGCUGCCUCCGGAUCCUCUGUGUCCGUCCCACCCCGUCCUGAAGAACUCACUCCGACAGGCCAAAAGGAUUGGCAACUUGGGCACGAUCUCAUUGAGACUUGUGUAGAUACAUAUGACACAAAAACGGGUCUUUCUCCUGAGAUCGCGCAUUUCUGGACAGAAGAAGAUCGUUACAUCUACGAUAAAGAGCGUGAUUGGUAUAUCAAGGGUAACACAUUCCCAGGGCAGCCCUCCUAUGAUGCUCGCUACCUCCUACGACCAGAAACAGUUGAAUCCCUUUUCAUCGCGUACCGCCUCACAGGAAAUCCCAAGUAUCGAGAAUACGGUUGGAAGAUUUUCCAGUCAAUAGAAAAAUACUGCCGCAUCGAGGAUGGAGGAUACGCUUCUCUUUUGAACGUUGAUAACGUCAACUCAAUCAAGAUGGAUAAAAUGGAGACCUUCUUUGUGAGCGAGACUUUGAAAUACCUGUACCUUCUCUUCUCCGACGCUAGUGUGCUUCCCCUUAAUCAAUAUGUCUUCAACACUGAGGCGCAUCCGCUACCAAUAUUUACGCCAUCGACACGAACGGGAUACUUUUAA